AUGAUUCCCCCGGAAGAUGUUUAUAUCAGUACCACCGCUCAUAUACUACCUGUUUCUACUCCAAUAACCACUUCCACUCCAACAACCACUUCAACAAAAUUUUCCUCCCCUGGACAAGCACCUGGAAUUGCAACCACUUCAAUACCAUCUGCCGGAAACUCAGUCACCCCGACAACUGCAACGCCUUCCACUGCAGCUUCUGUUACCACUCCGGCUACAACAAUGAUGACUACCACAUCAGCUGAAGUAUGCGACAAAUGCGACGUCAACAAAAUCGCACCGGACUUGGAGGAUCCUGUAAACACUUACUUUACAUUUGAUGUCGACAAACCAGCGACGGGAUGUCAAAUGGUUUUCCAAGUACAUUGCAUGAGAUCAGAUACGAUGAUUUGUGAAAAUAUUAAUAUUUUUGGAACCAAUCCCACAGGAAACAGAGGAAUAGCCACGGGGGUCACAUUGAACUCAGUGUCAUCGACAUUGACCUGUGAAGCAGAUGGUUCCUGGUCUGCAAGAGAUGGAGAUGUAACGAUGAUUUCAAAAAUUGUCUGUACAUUCCAGGGAUGUGUGCAACCUUAA